AUGGUUCAAUUUUCCAUAUCACAGAUUAAAAAUAUCAAAAAUAAAUCCUGUUUAUUCCCACUUGUGUUCUUCUCUGCUGCAGCGGUUAUCACCUUCGUUGUAUUGAUUAUCUACCUUCAAUUUAAACCGAAAUCACCCGUCUCUGUGCGACAGAGUUAUAACCUUACAAACGCUUCUAGUCUCAUCGACCCAUGUUAUGACUUCUAUAAAUAUGCCUGCUCUGAUUGGGAAAAUAAUCACGUCAUUCCGGAAGGCGAUUUGGAAAUAACGGCGAUUACGCAAAUCACAGAGAAAACACUUCGUGACAUCUGGAAAAUCAUUGCUAACGGUUCGUAUUCUACGAACGAUACUCGGUUGACUACUGCUCGUAAAUUCUACAAAUCCUGUGUGAACCAUGAAAAUAUUUCUCUCCAGCAGGCUAGAAGACAGACAACUCAUUUGAUAGAAAAAUCAUUUGGCGGGUGGGAUUUGUUGCCGUCUUCUUCUCAAAAUCAAUUGAAAACAUCAACGCAAGAACAAAAAGUUGACGAUUUCAGUUUAAGUGAUUUAUACUUUCCAAUUCUGAGCAUAACAGGGAGCUGUCCUUUAUUUUCCAUUGAUAUUAAUGGGGGAAGCAAGAUGAUUCAG